AUGAAUAGGGAUCUUUAAAACAUAUUAAAUGAUAUCUUUUAAAGGAUUCAUGAUAAUACAGUUCUCUUGAAUUCCAUUAAUUAAGAUGUAAAAGUGGUAGCUUAACAAAAUCAACAGAUUAAAGACAAUACCCAUUAGCUUACUAUUCAAAAUAACUAACUUUUAAGUAGCAUUAAAUAAGAUAAGAACCAACAAUAGGAAGAACUUUCUAGCAAUGAAUAAAUAUAGUAAAAUUAGCAAAUUCAACAAUUAAAUGAACAAAAGUUUAUAAAAGAUGAAAUGGCCUAAAAAAUUUAAGAACUUUAAGAAGAAUACGAGGCCCAGCAAAGCUAUAUUUAGCAGAUUAUUGCAGAAAAGGAUGAAUUAUUAGAAAAAAUAUAAAAAGAUGAGGCUGAUUUUUAAAAAUAGAAUGAGUUAAUUCAAGUUUUAAGUUAAGAAAAUAGAGAUAUGAUAUAGAAAAUUAAGCAAUUAAAUGAUUAGUUUGAUUAAGAUUAAGCUACCAUUUAAUAAAACUGCUAACAAUUUAAAAAUUUAGAGGAUUAGAUAGAAUAAAUAAAUGCCAAACUGAAUGAAAGAGAAUUAUAAGAAUAACACUUAAAGUAACAAUUGAUUGAAGCUAAUGAUGAAAAAUAAAAACUUUAAUUGAUUUUAGAUAAUCAUAGUUCUUAAAAUUAAGAUGUUGAAAACCAAUUAUAAAUUCUAAAUGUUAAAAAUGAAAAACUAGAGAAAGAAUUAAAUGAGGCCAAAGAAUAAAAUAAUAAAAUAUACCAAUAGAUUACUAACUAAGAAGAAUAAAUAAAUAAAUUACACAGUUUACUCACAGAAAAUGAAAAUUCAUUAAAGCAUAAAAAUGAAGAAAUAGAAAACCUUAUCAUAAAUAAAGAUAAAAUUAAUGAAGAACUGAAAAUAAAAGAAGAAUAAUACAAUAAAAUUGUUUAGGAUUUGGAAAAUGUAAGCUAAAAGUUAGCUAAUGCUGAAUCAUCACUAGAAAAUUAAAAGAAAAAAAGUGAUAUGUUAGAAAAUUUAGGAAAAAGUUUAGAAGAGACAAAUCUUUAAAUAAAUAAAUUGAAUUUAGAGUUAAAACAGCAAUAGGAAUAGAAUGAAGGCUUGAAUAUUUAGAUGAAACAAUAAGAAGAAACUAACUUAUCUUAGUAAAAAGAGUUAUAAUCUAAAAUAGAAUAAAGUGAGAAAUAAAUAAAUAUACUUUAAAAAUAACUUGAACAAAACUAAUAAGAAGUGUAAAAAUAAAAAGAUUUAUUGUCAGAAAAAGACGGAGUUAUAUCAUAAAACAGUACCAAGCUAAGCGAAAGCAAUUAAUAAGUUGAAUAGUUACAAAGUGAUAUUGCUGAGCUUAAAAAUUAAGCUGAGUAGUUAAACAAUUAAUUAAUUUAAAAAGAAGAAGCUGUCCAGUAAACAGAAAAGUCUAUUAAAGAAGCUGAAGAAAAGCAAAAUAAUUUAUAGCAAAAGCUCAAUGAAAAAUUGGAAGAACAAGGAUAAUUUGUUACUGAAAUAGAAAAACUUAAGGAAGAAAACUAACAAAACAAUUUAAAAUUGAAAGAAAUAUAAUAGAAUUAUGAAAACCAAAUAGAAUAAUUAAAACUAAAAGAUGAGAAAAUUAUUGAGUUAGAGAAAAAACUACAAUGCUAAUCAAAUGAAUAAGGUGAAUAGUAAAUUAUUUAAGAAGAAAAUUAAAACAUUAAUUCAGGUGAAAAUUAACAAGAAAGCGAAUGA